UAAACAAUAUGCAGAGUAAUGAAGAAUUUCCAUUCCCUUUCCCACCGUAUCCCAUACAAAAUCAAUUUAUGAAAGAAUUAUAUAAGUGUUUGGAAAACGCUAAUUUAGGAAUCUUUGAAAGUCCAACGGGUACUGGUAAAUCUAUGUCAAUUAUUUGCGGUGCUGUAAAAUGGCUAAUAGACCACGAAGAGUUGCAAAAAAAUCUGUUAAACUCUGAAAUUGCGGAACUCGAUGAGAAAAUAAAGAAAUAUUCCAAUACUUCUGAUGAUUGGGUGUUCGUCCAGACUGAACAAAUGCAAUUGAACACUAAAAGACAAGCUCUUCAAACAAAACUCAAUAGUAUCCUUCAAUACGAACGUAAGAAAAAUGCACUGAAGGAAACAAUAAAAAACGUAAAUAAUAGGAAGAAAUUAAACAAUAGGAAAAAAACUAGCAAUACAAAGCAAGGAAAGGAAACAAACGAGUUACCAGUCGACAAGUUGGAUGUACCAGCAAAAAGUAUUGAAGAAGAACUACUUUUAGAAGAUAUAAUUGAGACUUCAGAUAAUUCUGAAGGUGAAGAGGAGGAAGAAGAAAUUUAUGAAAACACCAAAAUCUUUUUUUGUUCAAGGACUCAUUCUCAGUUAUCACAGUUCAUAGGAGAACUGAAGAAAAGUCCUUAUUCAAAACUUGUAUCUGUUAUUACAUUGGCAUCUAGACAGAAUUAUUGUAUUAACACAAAUAUAAGAAGACUGAAACAUUUAAAUUUAAUGAAUGAACAUUGCUUGCAACUGCAAAAGAAAAAAACAACCACAAAAGAAGAGAAAGACCUGAAAAGAAAAAAAAUAGGGACUAGUUGUCCAUUUAUGCCAGGUGAUCAAGAUUUACUGAUAGGAGAAACUUUAACACAAAUUCAGGAUGUUGAGGAAAUUGCACAGAAAGGAGAAAAUAUUAAAACAUGUGCAUAUUAUGCAUCAAGAAAGGCUAUUCCGCAUGGUCAGCUUAUAUUAGUCCCAUAUAAUUCCAUAUUACACAAAAACACUAGGAAUAGUUCAGAAAUUAAACUGAAAGGAAACAUAUUAAUAAUUGAUGAGGCCCAUAAUUUACUCGAUGCUAUUGAAAGAAUGCACAGUGUCAUGGUUACAGGUAGAAAUAUAUUGCACUGUUACAGUCAACUUACACAGUAUCAGACAAGAUUUCAAGCACUGUUCUCUGCUAAAAGCGUUCUAUAUUUAAGUCAAUUAAGCUUUUAUUUAAGAAAGCUUUUAACCAUUUUUGGAGCAACUUCAAAGUCGAAUCCAAAUGAUGAUCUUACCAUAGAAGUAGCUCCAAAACUCUACAAAUUGGAAGAGUUUGAAGUUAUGACAGAAAUUGAUACUGUAAAUGUAUUUGAGUUGUUAAAAUUUAUUAAGAAUUCUCGAUUGAGUCAUAAACUGCAAGGUUUCAUGGAACAAUAUGGAAAUCAAGUGAAAAUUCAUAAAAGUAGCACAAAAACAUCAGGUGUAACACAAUUUCUAAGUUCCAUUAAAAGCAAAAGUUCAGAACCGAAUGAAUCUGAUACAGUUACAAAAACAGUGUCAGAUGAACAACAAUCAAAUAAUCCAUUGAUAUCGAUUGUCAGCUUUUUAGAAUGCUUACAAAAUAGUUGUAGCGAUGGACGCAUAUUUAUUGUUCCUGGUUUGACUGUUGGGCAAAGCGUCGUAAAAUUUCUGUUAUUAAAUCCUGCAGCCCAUUUUUACGAUAUUGUAAGAGAUGCCAGAUCUAUAAUAUUAGCUGGUGGAACAAUGGAACCAAUGGAUGAAUUUACAGAGCAAUUAUUUAUAGCGGCAGGGGCUGCACCUGAGAGAAUUAUCACUUUUUCAUGUAACCAUGUAGUUCCCCAAGAAAAUAUAGCAUGCAGUAUCGUAUCACGUGGUCCAACUGGUAUUGAAUUUGAAUUUAACUUUAAAAAUCAACAAAAUACAAACCUGUUAAAUGAACUGGGGAGGGCGUUAGUGAAUAUAUGUAAUAUUGUACCAGCUGGAAUUGUAGUGUUUUUACCAUCAUAUAAUUUUGAGGAAUUAAUGUAUAAACAUUUUGAUAAAUCUGGUGUUAUAACAAAAAUUUCUUCAAAGAAGUGUAUUUUUCGAGAAACCAAAUCAGCUUCUCAGGUAAAUGAAAUUUUGGAACAGUAUGCACUUUGUGUUAAAAAACCAAAAAGUCCAAAAAAUGGAUCAUUGUUAUUUAGUGUAGUAGGUGGUAAAUUAAGUGAAGGUUUAAAUUUUUCUGAUGAUUUGGGUAGAUGUGUUAUAGUUGUUGGAAUGCCUUAUCCAAAUAUUACGUCAUUAGAACUACAAGAAAAAAUGAAGUAUUUAAACGAAAACAUUAAACCGAAUGCUGGUCAAAACUUCUAUGAAAAUGCCUGCAUGAAAGCAGUGAAUCAAUGUAUUGGGCGAGCUAUCCGACACAUUAAUGAUUACUCGACAGUAUUAUUGUUUGACAAACGAUAUUCCAAAAAAAUUAAAACACUCCCACAGUGGAUUCAAAGUACAGUAACCGUUCAUGAAACUUUCGGUACCAUGAUCGGUAGUUUGGCUAAAUUUUUUAUUAAAAAAAGGAAUAAAUCCACUACAAACUACAAUUAA